CCAACAAUAAUGAUAUUCACAAACACUCUUUUUGCAACAUAUUACCACUGUAUAUACUUAUACUGCGUCUCAAAACCCUAGCCGCGACCACAUCGACCAUUCGAUCUUCUUCGGCUCAGGGUCAGAGUUUCUGAUUAUCAUCUUCAACAAUGGCCGAUGUUGAGACCGAUGUGGCGGCAGGAGUGCCGAAGAAGAGGACGUUCAAGAAGUUCAGCUUCAGGGGCGUUGAUCUUGAUGCUCUGCUCGACAUGUCCACCGAUGAGCUUGUCAAACUCUUCAGCGCUCGAGCUCGCAGAAGGUUCCAGAGAGGUCUGAAGAGAAAGCCAAUGGCCUUGAUCAAGAAGCUGCGCAAGGCGAAACGGGAGGCCCCUCCUGGCGAGAAGCCUGAACCUGUCAAAACUCACCUCCGCAAUAUGAUCAUAGUGCCUGAGAUGAUCGGAAGCAUCAUUGGGGUGUACAAUGGCAAGACCUUCAAUCAGGUUGAGAUCAAGCCUGAAAUGAUUGGCCAUUAUCUUGCUGAGUUCUCGAUUUCAUACAAGCCAGUCAAGCAUGGAAGACCUGGUAUCGGUGCCACCCACUCAUCGAGGUUCAUUCCUCUUAAGUGAAAAUUCUCCUUGCAGCUUAGAUAUAUGGUGAUCACAUUUUACUUUGAGGGACAUCUAUGUUUAUCAGAUACUUGUUAAUCACUUUUGCUUGAUUAGUAAUUUUGGCGUGUCAUUGAAUUUUUAAUUUAGAUUAUGGAAGUUCAAGCACUUUUUUAGUUUGAAGAUCUGGUGACCCCGGAAACAAUAAUACGAUUUUGAUAGUUUUGGUGAUUACCUUGACCUUAAAAUGUUCUAUUUCUGAA